UUUUUUUUUUUUUUGCUAUCACGCUAUGUAUUAAAAAUGAUAUAAAUAUAUUUGUCCCAUUGUGAGUCUUUUCAGUUCUUUCUCAUCUUCCACGUUGUUUUCACGAAUUUUUCGUCUGCCCCGGAAUUUUUAUAUUAAAUCUGAAUUAAAUUAAGAAAAAUGCCUGAUCACGGUCUAACAGAAGCUACCCCAUCCUGGCUAAAUGCUCAAUACUUUGAGGAUUUACUGCGAAAAUACGAAAAGGACGCAAACUUGAAGGUUGUCUCGACAAAGUUUGCCGAUUUAACGGCUAAAGGUGAGCACUAUGCGAGUGUUAUGUGGAGAGCAACAUUGGAUGUGAAGUGUUCAAAAUCACAAAAUAUCCAAAAACGUUCCUAUGUGGUUAAGAGUGUCUACGAGGAUCCUGCGAAGAGCGCCAUGUUUGCCAUGUACGGGGUGUACAAGAGGGAAAUAGAAAUGUAUGAAAAAGUGAAUGUGGAAAUUGGAAAAAUUCUCAAAUCCAUUGGAGAUGAUACUCAACUCUUCCCAAAAGCCAUUCAUCAUGAUUACGACAAGGAUCUUCUUAUUUUUGAGGAUCUAUCUCUGCGUGGUUUUAAAAAUGUCGAUCGUCGUCAACGAUUGGAUUUAGUUCAAGCAAAAAUGGUCAUGGAAAAAUUGGCCAAAAUGCAUGCAUCCACGGUGGUGCUGGAAGAGAAGAAUCCUGGAAUGUUUGAUCACUUCAAUCAGGGUAUUUUCAAUCGAACUGCAACGGCUUUCCUUGAAUUCUUUCUCAUGCACUUGGAUAUAUUUAUUGAAGAAGUUUCCACGUGGGAUGACUACAAGCAGUACGCUGCGAAAUUGAAGAAAGUUCGGAAUGAUUUAAAUGAACGUGCUUCCCUGGUUUAUGAUCCCUCCAAGGAAUUUAUGAAUGUCCUUAUUCACGGGGAUUUAUGGACAAAUAACAUAAUGUUCACAUUUGAUGAGAAAAAUCGUCCCACUGAUCUCCUUUUUGUUGAUCUUCAAUUCUCAACUUGGACAUCACCUGUCGUUGAUAUUCUCUACUUUGCUCACAACUCCCUUAAAGAGGAGCUACGUCAAGGCAAUAUUUCUGAACUCAUCCAGUACUACCACACUCAUCUGACAACUCUGCUGAAAAAAUUAAAUUCUAAAAAGAAAAUUCCAACUCUUCGGGAAAUGCACGUAAUGGUGUUAGAAAAAGAAUUUAUGGCUUUCCUCGCUGGAGUUAUGAUGCAACCAAUUAUGCUUGUAGAGGAUUCCACGAAUGCUGAUAUGGACACAAUGAUAUCCGAUUCCGAAGCAUCAAUGCAAUUUAAAAGGAAUCUCUACAGAAAUCCUAAAACUAAAACAGCUUUGAAGUUCCUUCUUCCAUAUUUGGAUCAACGUGGGAUGUUAGACAAGUUGUUCAGGAAGUACAGAAUGCCCGUGGAUAUUAAGACUGUUGCCUGUACCGAUAGUGAUAUACCAAAUUGGCUGAAUCAGCCAUUUUUUGAGAAUAUCCUGCGGAAGAGGAAGAAGGAAAAUGAAAUUUUUGUGGAUUCACUUCAAUUGGAAUUUGUGGGUGGCAAAGGAGAAAAUUAUGCCAGUACUCUCUAUCGUGGGCAGUUCACAAGUACCCUAAAUCGCAAUCAGAGGCGAUAUUCGUUGAUUGUUAAGACAACCUACGAGGAUAAUCAAUUGGCAAAUGAUAUCCUGAGUGAGUACAAUAUUUUCAAGCAAGAAAUGGAGAUGUACGACCAAGUCCUGCCAGAGUAUCACAGAUUGUUGAGAUCCAUCGGGGAUUACUCACAAAUCUCCCCAAAAUCCAUCUUCUGUGACUACCAGAAUAGCAUAAUUGUCUUUGAGGAUCUCAGCAUAAAGGGCUUCCAAAUGGCCGAUCGGAAGGUACGAUUGGAUCGUGAGCAUGCAGAAUUAGUAUUGAUGAAGUUGGCUAAACUCCAUGCAGCUUCGGUUGCUGUUGAUGCAAAUGCAACGUACAAUGUGAAAAAAUACAAAACAGGAAUGUUUAAUCGGAAAACUUCGGGAGUUUCCUCAUUUUUCCUCACAAAUCUCGAUGCUCUCAUUAACUGCAUAUCAAAGUGGAAGGGGUACGAGUACUAUGUGGCUAAGUUGGAGAAGAUGCGAUUGGGCUUUGAGGAAAAAGCUCGAGAGCUGUACGAUCCAAAGGAAGACGUACUCAAUGUCCUCAUCCAUGGGGAUCUGUGGACAAACAAUGUGAUGUUUAAGUACAACAACCAACAAAGACCGAUUGAUGUGCAAAUUGUAGACUACCAAUUUAUGUGUUGGGCACCUGCAACAGUUGAUCUGUACUACUUCUUCCACACCUCCCUCACGGAAGAACUCCGACAGACGGCAAUUGAUGAAUUGGUCCAAUUCUACCAUCACCACCUCAGUGAGACUCUGCAGAAGCUCGGAUUGAGCCACAAAACUCCAACACUACACGCCUUCCAGAUUUCCAUGCUGCAAGGGCAGUUUGCAGCCUUCAUCUACGGCUUACUGAGUCAACCGAUAAUGCUGAUCGAUGGAGCAGCAGCCACUGAGGCGGAUUUCAAUGCAAUCAUCGGCCUGGACAGUAGAUCACUUCAAUUCAAAGAGAAUGUGUACAAGAAUGAGAAGGUUCACUGCGCCAUACGGCAUCUCCUCCCGCAAUUGGAUCGGAAAGGUCUUCUCGAUUGCUGAACACACACAGAGAGCAAUUAUAGCCAAUUUUUGCCCCUCAGAGAUCACAGAGUUCAAUUGAAUUCAAUUACACCAUUUUUUUUU